AGUAAAACGUGUUUCAAGAUGGACGCGUUGUUUUCUAAGUAAAGACGUAACAAAGCCAGUUUUGAAUUAUUAUAACGUUAUCCUCACGAUUUAUCACUUUUAUUGUUAUUUCUUGUUUAUUUGUUGUUUCGAUUAAAUUGUUACAAACAUGGCAAGCACGUUGGAUUUCAGGACACACGCUGACCAGUCGUGUCGAUAUUCUGAAGAGUUUGUCAACAUUUACUAUGAUUGCAUGGAUAAGAAAAGAAGGAACUUGACCCGGCUGUACAUGGACAAGGCGACCCUGGUGUGGAACGGCACUGCCGUGUCAGGACAAGAUGCUCUGAGCGAGUUUUUUGAGUCUCUGCCAUCGAGCGAGUUUCAGGUUCAAACACUGGACUGUCAGCCAGUUCAUGAACAUGCGACCCAAGGCCAGACUACUUUGCUGGUGGUGACUGGUGGGUUAGUCAAGUUCGAAGGCAACAAACAGCGAUUCUUCAACCAGAAUUUUCUUCUUACGGCUCAGGCUUCACCCAAUGACCAACCCGUGUGGAAGAUCGCAAGUGACUGUUUCCGAUUUCAGGACUGGAACAGCUGAGGCUUUGUUUGCUUUUGUUGCUGUUUUAUGUUUGCUUGAUUCAUUAACAGCAAUCGUCUUGAAGCAUUUGUAUUUUUGCAUUUUGUAAAAU